AUGGGUAUCCCGCACCUAACACACUCGCUAUCACCUUAUGGCGAUAAAGUGGUACUGCCGCAAAAUCCUGCCAACCACGAAAAUGCGAUCAUCGAUGGCCCGAGUCUGGCAUACCAUGUCUUCUAUGUGUGUAUAGCACGGAGGACUGGUACCCGAAACGCCUUGGAAGCAGCCCCGGCAUAUCAAGAACUAGGUCAAGCUGCCGUAGACUGGCUCGAACAAAUUGAACAAUACGGACUGAAGAUCAAAGCUGUGUUUUUCGAUGGGUUGUUGCCAUUGUCCAAGCAGAACACCAGAUUGUCUAGGUUACAAAGCUAUGCAAACCAGCUUGUAACUUUCAAAGCCUUGAACAAGGAUGACUUGCCUUCUCGCAUGGAGAAUACAUCGGCAUCGAAGACCGACGUCUUGAGUGCGGUCAUUUCAUCCAACCGACUCAAAGCUCUCCCCGCUCCCCCAUUUUUGGUUCCUGCUGUCAUCGAGAUGCUCCUCGAGAGCCGGUACAGUUCUCUCGUUGCAGUGAUACCUGGCGAGGCAGAUGCAUAUUGCGCAGAGGCUGCCAGACAACAUGGUGGUGUCAUUUUCACCAGCGACUCCGACCUUCUGGUGCACGAUCUGGGGAAGUCCGGAAAGGUAAUACUGUUCCGCGACCUUGACACUAUUCACCUUCCAAGCAGAGGCAAAUGCCUCAAAACUCAGGAGUACCAUCCUGCUGGCAUUGCAAAGAGAUUUGAGCUUCCGAACUUGGUUAAAUUGGCGUUCUUCAUGUCCCAAGAUCACCACAAAAGUCUCACCGAGAAUAUCCGACUUGCAGGGAAGGACACCCCGAUGUCUGCUGGUUUCGCUGAGUUUGCUGAAGAAUAUGGCUCUUUGCCGAAGUUGUCUAGAUUGGCAAUGGUAGAGACUAUCGACAAACCCAACGUAUCAAAGAUACUUGCUCGAUUGGAUCCCAGGAUAUCCGAAAUCGUCCAUCUGGUUCGUGUGAAGGAGAAUCAAGAAGCGCCUUCAGAUCUCCAAGAUUCUGACAAUCUCAACAUGUAUCUCCCGUACCUUAUCGACGAUCCGACAAGGACAUCAGCUUGGCGAUCUGGAGUCUCCAUCCGUGCUCAAGCAUACUCACUAUUGCGUCUGCUCAACUCAAGCAUCACGCAAGUCACUGAGUUUGAGCGCAAGGGCACACGAGUAGCGGGAACAACUGUAGAACUCGAUUCGACAUCCAGUGCUGUUGCGAUGCUAGAAGACUGCGUCAAGUCUUUGAAGGACGACCUUGGGCAGCAUUCGUCGCUGUCCAAAGCAGCGAGAUGGCGUGCUGUGGCUACCAGACACGUCUGCCAAUCAAACCUUGACAAUGAGAAACCUCCUCCACUCAGCAGUGAUAUCAACAGACUCGUCACAGGCUCGCGAGAAGGGGUGCUAUCUUGGUCGUUCAUUCAUGCAAGCGCCCAGAUGCAGGCAUCUCUAUACUCACUACGAAUGCUCUCCCAAAUCUCGACCGUUGUACAAAGCUUCCUUGAAGGAGCCGACAACGCGAUUCUUACGCCAUUGCAGACUCUCGUCAACCUGCUGAAUGACUUGCCCAGUCUGCGCGAGCUGCUCGACGAGAAGACAUCUAGAGACAACAGCGAAAUAGAAGCCGCAAGAGCGGCAGUCUUGAGCACGCUGCAGAGUCUAGGGAUAACUCAGGACGCUGAGCCCUUAAGCAAAAAGAAAAAGAAAAGAAAGAAGAAGGGCGAGCACACAGGUGAACGGACACCGCCUGGUGUGGCAUGGAGAAACAACAAUAUGUUCAGCAAUCUUUCAUAG